GAAAAGUAUCUCGGACCGCAGGCAAAGGAAGCGUCAGGCUUGAAGAACGACGACAUUGUCCUCGAGCCCUCCACCAUCGACUCGCUCAUCAAGUACUACUACCGAGAGAUCGGCGCGUGGAAUCUGAAGAAACGUAUUGACAGGGCGGGGAUUACGCCAGCGUAUUAUAUGCAUAGCUCACACGCGCUGCAGAUCUAUUGGAAGGCUGCGCUGAAACCCAUCCUCGACCUUGGCGAAACCGCCUUCCCUGAACAAGUCCCAGCUAUGGCUACUAGCGCACCUACUCCGUCGAGUCUCAACUCUUUACCGAGACCAAGAUCCAUCCAGACAUCGGUACGUUAG